GAUUAGGCGGUUGUGUUGAGUAAUUGGAACUGUUUCUUGGAUUGGGCCUCCAUUAAUGGCAGAGUAGCCCAUGCCCAACACAAACAAAACCCUCCUCUUUCUCCACCAGCAGCAGAGUAGCUUCGAAGAACACAGUAAUGCCGAACUCUUUCAGGACCCUCUCCAAAACCCUCACCCGCUCAUUCUCCACCAAAUCAUCCCACCAGAACCACCACCAGAAAACCCACAAAUAUUUAGAUCCCAACUCCUUGUUGGGCAGCUGGAAGACCCCCAACAACCCCAAAGAGGCCGAGAAGAAACUCGCCCUGUUGCGACGAGACUACGCCAAGCAAGUAAAAAAUGUACGCAAGGAGUACAUCCACGAGAUGGAGUUGUUGCGUCUUGAGAAGCUCAGAAAAGAAGAGGCUAGGAAAGAGGCUAUACGAGUUGCUAAUGAGGAGCGUAAAAGGCUUAAGGCUGAGGCUGCUAAGGUUAGAGCUCAAGAGCGUAUGGUUGCUGAAGAAGAGUUUCGACAAACCCUGUUGAAAGAAAGAGCAGAAAAGCUUGAAAAUUGGAGAAUGAAGCUGGAUUUUUUUUAAUCUUAUUGAUUUUGUAUCAAGCUCAAGUUUCUUUCAGGCUUGAGCUCAACUCGGCCUGGUUAAGCCCCUAGCCUUACCUUAUAUCUAUGGCCCUAUUUCUACUUCUCAAUUUGAAUAUGAAGUUACUUGAUCCUUCAAAUCUUGGUCUUUAUCAAAUGGUCAAGGUUCUAUUUCCAUGAAUGCAGUUGAAAGAAAGAGCAGAAAAGCUUGAAAAUUGGAGAAUGAAACAAACGCUACAUGAGAAUAAGAAGAAAGAGGCGAAAGAUCUAGUGCGUAGAAGAAGUUCCAUGUGGAUUGAAGAACAGGAAUUGGAGAGUAAGAUCUUUAGUGCCAUUGUUUUUUAACUGAUUUUUCCUUUAAAUUCGAAGAACAUAAAAUAAGGAUUUUACGUGAAUCUAGUGACUAAUGGAAAUGUUUGUGUACUGUUUGUUUAUCUCUGUUAAAACCCUGCAUCAAUGUGGUUUGUUGGUAACAGCUUCAUUGAAGAUUUAUAGUAAGUUUUGGACUAUUAUUCAAGCAUGCAUAUAUAUACUUUAUUGGCUGAAUGCUAUUCAACUGUUCAAGUGAA